UGCUCUUGUCCGUUUGUUGAGGGGUGCACUUUCUUCUUGGGACUAAAGAACCGGCUGAUUAUUCUACAACAAGGAUGCACAUUUUGUGUGUGGUGUUGCUUUUGGCCUCUCUGGUCCUCGGCCACUCUUCGCCUGCUUUAAAUAAAACAUGGGAGGAGUGGAAAGUCCAAAAUCACAGGGUUUAUGACAACGAGACGGAGAUCUGCUUCAGGAGAGCAGUGUGGCAGAAGAACCUGAACCUGGUGCUGAGACACAACCAGGAGGCUUCAGCAGGAAAACCCAGCUUCACUUUGGGACUGAACCACCUGUCAGACAUGACAACCGAGGAGAUCAACGAGAGGCUGAACGGCUUGAGGCUGGAGGAGCUGGUUCUUUUCAAAAACCACACAUUAAAGAGAGCGAACGGCUCAUUGACGCCUCCGAGUGUGGACUGGAGGAAGGAGGGCCUGGUCAGUCCUGUCCAGAACCAAGGUUUAUGUGGGUCGUGCUGGGCCUUCAGCUCUCUGGGGGCUCUCGAGGGGCAAAUAAGGAAGCGAACCGGUGUCCUCGUCCCACUGAGUCCACAGAACCUGGUGGACUGCAGCAUCACGGACGGUAACCAUGGCUGCAGAGGAGGAUACAUCUCUAAAGCCUACAGCUACGUCAUCCGCAAUGGAGGGGUCGACUCCGAGAGAUUUUACCCCUAUGAACACAAGAACGGGAUAUGUCGUUAUUCUGUGAAUGGAAAAGCUGGAUCCUGCUCUACUUUUCACAUCCUUCCAUCAGGAGAUGAGAGAGCUCUGCAGGAAGCGGUGGCAUCAGUGGGACCCGUCGCUGUGGCUGUGAACGCCAUGUUGCCGUCGUUCCACCUGUACAGAGGAGGUUUAUACAACGUCCCGAACUGCAGCCCGAGGUCUAUAAAUCAUGCCGUCCUAGUUGUGGGCUACGGCACCGACAACGGACAAGACUACUGGCUGGUGAAAAACAGUUGGGGAACUGCGUGGGGAGAGGAAGGCUUCAUCCGAAUAGCGAGGAACAAGAAUAACCUCUGCGGCAUCGCCAGCUUUGCAGUUUAUCCAACACUGUGAAAACACCUGUCACCUGAAUCAUAUCUCAGAAGAAUUCUUUUUUUAAAUUUAAUAUCAGAAACAAGAUCAAUGCUGUUUUUUUCCAUUAAAUUGCAGAUGCUGUCCUAAACAAAAUAAAAAAUACCUUUUAGC